CGGGCGGCAUCCUGCGCCUGCGCACAGGCCGGGGCCGGGGGCGCUGAGCGGGCCAGGAGGUCCGGACGCCCGCAGCGCAGAGGAUGCGGGACAGCCCAUUUGGGUACCAGCCGGAAACAUCAAGCCUGCAACUGACAGCCAACCAGAACCAGCUGAACAAGACUGAGAGUCCACCUUGUGAGCCAACGCACCUGCUCUGGUCAGCCACUGAAACGGCCCACAGCCUGCGUGCAGUCACGCCAUUCCUGAUUACCAUUGUUCCUCAUUCCUACCGCCGUCUGAGCAAGCACUCCUCUGGUCUCCCAGUUUGAGCACUGGUUUAUCCAUGAAUAACUUAAAUGACCCCCCAAAUUGGAAUAUCCGCCCUAAUUCCAGGGCUGAUGGGGGCGACGGAAGCAGGUGGAAUUAUGCCCUGUUGGUUCCAAUGCUGGGAUUGGCAGCCUUUCGUUGGAUUUGGUCUAGGGAGUCUCGGAAAGAAAUAGAAAAAGAGAGAGAAGCAUAUCGUGAGAGAACAGCUGCUUUCCAACGGGAUCUGGAAGCCAAGUACCACACCACGAUCUCAGAGAGCCGGCGUGCCGUCGCUCGGCUGUCCUUGGAGCUGGAAAAGGAGCAGAACAGAACGGCUAGUUAUCGAGAAGCCCUGAUCUCUCAGGGCCGCAAGCUGGUGGAGGAAAAGAAGCUUCUGGAACAGGAACGGGCUCAGAUAAUGCACGAGAAAAGACAGUUGCAGCCUCUGAGAGGCGCGUAUCUGAGCUGCCUGGAGAGGGAAGACGACUGGCAGCAGAGGGCCCGGCUUCUGCUGAAGGAGUUUGAAGAGGCGCUCACGGAGCGGCAGAACAUCUACUGCAGCCUGCUGCUCCCUCGCAGCAAGCGCCUGGACAUCGAGAAGAGCCUGCUGGUGCGAGCCUCCGUGGACCCAGUGGCUGCUGACCUAGAGAUGGUGGCGGGUUUAACCGACAUCUUUAAGCACGAUACGUAUUGUGGCGACGUCUGGAAUACCAACAAGCGCCAAAACGGGAGGCUCAUGUGGCUGUAUCUCAAGUAUUGGGAGCUUGUCGCCGAACUGCAAAAGUUCAGGAGGGUAGAGAAAGUCAUACUAGAAAAGUAAGACAGGAGUGAAGUGCGGCUGCCACUCUGUGUGCUUGGGGAGCACCGGGUCCCUCCUUGCGGCUUCUCAGCAGCCUUCUGUGAGCUCCCAGCAUUUUAUUAAGCUCCUAUCUAGUAAAGUGCAGUAUCCUUAGCAUAAGUAAUGUUCUGUUUUGAUUACUCCCUAAAUAAAUUGUUUUUUUCCUUGAA